CAGCUGAUCAGCUGUUCGGGAAAUUUGGAAAUUGGAAAAUUGGCACGAUUUUUGGAGCACAAAAUGCAGGAUUUGAGGAAAUCGGACGCUCUGCGUCUGCCCAAUGGUGACGGCUGCCCCAACGACGAGGUGAAAUCCCCGUUUCUCAUUGGUGUGGCCGGCGGCACGGCCAGUGGCAAGUCGACGGUGUGCAAGAAAAUAAUGGAGCAGCUGGGCCAGGCGGAGAUGGAUCACACGCAGCGCCAGGUGGUAUCCAUCAGCCAGGACAGUUUCUACCGGGAACUGACCGCCGCCGAGAAGGCCAAGGCCCAGAAGGGACUGUUCAACUUUGACCACCCGGACGCCUUCAACGAGGAGCUGAUGUACAGCACGCUGCAAAACAUACUCCAGGGGCACAAGGUGGAGAUUCCCAGCUACGAUUACCGCACCAAUUCGCUGGACUUUGAAAACAUGCUGAUUAUCUACCCAGCGGAUGUGGUCCUGUUCGAGGGCAUCCUGGUCUUUUACUUUCCCAAAAUCCGUGACCUGUUCCACAUGAAACUGUUCGUGGACACAGACUCUGACACGAGACUGGCCCGAAGAGUGCCACGUGACAUCAACGAGCGUGGUCGGGAUCUGGACGCCGUGCUUACCCAGUACAUGACCUUCGUGAAGCCCGCCUUCGAGGAGUUCUGCUCACCCACGAAAAAGUUUGCUGACGUUAUCAUACCGCGAGGCGCCGACAACACAGUUGCCAUUGAUCUUAUUGUACACCAUAUCGGGGAGAUUCUCGCCACCACCAACAGCGCACAGCACAGCAACACAGUCAGGGUGGCGUCGUCCAGCAUGAAGCGAGAUCACUAAACGCAAAAGCUUGCUUCUGGACCGGCCACAGCCUGAGCCCGAGCCACGUCCUCAGCUUGUACUAAUUGCCAAAAACAAAAAAUGAGAAAAGAAAACGGGGGCAGCAGCACACUAAGAAAAAAAUAUCCUAAUACCGAGCGCCGGCGUCGCUUCUCAUUCGGUAGUCUCAUCGUAACCGAUUAACGUAGCCCUAAGAUUGAAAAGUAUCUUUAUACCUAGUUGUAUCUACUCUUGCAUAUGUUCCACAAUACAUGGUAGUGUGUAUGUA